AGUGACGUCGUAUGUGUCGAGUACUCGGCGUUCCGUAUCGCCGGGUAAUUCUGUAAUUUACCUAUAGUUUACCUGUAGUUGACCCGUAGUUUACGAACCUCGUGCUUUUCUGGCGCUUCUCCGUCAUAUUCACCUCCCGCAUUUCCAAAGCUGAAGCCAACCAUGCAUCGCCCAGGCGUAUUGCUGCUUCGCUCCUCACGGUGGCCGGCAGGGAGGACAAUCUCUCUCCAGGCUGCCAGUCCCGCGCGCAGGUGGUUUUCAGAGAAAAGGUCUCUGUCCAAUUCUUCGGCAAAAGCAGCUCGAGGAGCCUCUAAAUCAACCGAGGCUACCUCUCCCGGGCAUACAGACGUUGGCGAAACCCCCAUUCCGCGACUGAUUUCCACGGAUACAUUUGGGCAUAGUGAUGCUCCUAGCGAUGCUCCUAGAUUCAAAACGAGGACGGGCCCUCACCCUAAGUCACAGGCAGAUUUGACGAGCAUUGAGGAAUGGAAGAAGGAACAAUCCAAGCUUACUUUCAGGGGCACCGUCAAAGAGCUUGGACAGUCACAGGCUUCAGUGAGAGUACCCUGGACAAAGAAAACACGAGAGAAGCAUCGAGUUACAAACGUCUACUACGUUCAGCUCCGUGACGGCUGCGACUGCCCGCUCUGCGUUGACCCGAAGACGAAACAGCGCUACUUCCGCACAAGCGAUAUUCCCAGUAAAAUAAAACCUCGCCAGAUGAGAUGGAUAGACGAGUCCUGGGUCGAUGAAGAAAAAGUAUUGGAGAUUCUAUGGGAUAACGAUGUGCCCGGAUACGAUUCCUCCCAUGUAACACGCGUUACAGCCGACGAAAUUCGUUUUCCUGCCAGCUUCCACUACAACAAAGAGACACACGGAAGACCGCGAGUGUUUUGGAACAAAGCUGGAAUGGAUGAGGCGCAACAUUGGAUCAGCUAUAAAGAUUAUAUAGAGAAUGACGCCAAGUUUGGCAAAGCCCUCAGGGCCCUCGCACGGUACGGCCUAAUUUUUAUCAAGGAUAUUCCGGAGUCUCGAGAAAUGGUUGAAAAAAUAGCUACCCGCAUUGGCCCUCUGCGCAAUUCAUUCUAUGGCUCGACCUGGGAUGUGCGAAACGACCCGCACGCCAAAAAUGUUGCAUACACAAACCAGAACCUGGGCUUUCAUAUGGAUUUGUUAUACAUGACCAACCCGCCGGGAUUUCAGCUGUUGCAUUGCCUGAAGAAUUCUUGCCAGGGUGGAGAAUCACUCUUUUUAGAUGCUUUCUCCGCCGCGAAUGAUCUCGACACCUCAUCAUGGGACAUCCUUACACGAUUUCAGGUUCCUUACCAUUACAACCACGAUGACCACUACUAUCGCACCAGCAGGCCGGUUAUUGAAACUGCUAAUUACACUACGACAUUAGACUCCCUCGAAAAUCGUUGGAUUGCGCACAUCAACUACUCACCUCCGUUCCAAGGACCGUUUAGGAUCAGUUCUGCCAAUAUGAAACGGUGGGGUAUAAGGGCCGAGUCCUUCAUUAAUGCCUUCAAGACCUUUGCAGACAAAAUUGAAGAUCCUGAGCGAAUUUUCGAAUUGAAGCUAAACCCUGGCGAAUGUGUCAUCUUUGAGAACAGGCGUGUGCUGCAUGCCCGCCGAGCCUUUGAUACGACAAGCGGAGAGAGAUGGCUUGCAGGAGCCUACGUGGACGAAGACGCUGUAAAUAGCAAAAUGUUUACUUGGAAGAGAAAAGCCGGCGUGUUUGAAGGAAAUGCUUGGGAAUCCGACACCUGAACGCGUUCUUAAGACCAAGCGAGCAGGCGUUUACAAUAUAUCACCUAAAAUAACUGCAAUAUUGCCAAGUGUGUUCUUAUACUUGGUAUACAUAUACAUAUAUAUAGAAUUCGAAAUAUUGGAAGUAAUCAAGCAUGUCUAAAUCCAUACA